CAACCACACAUACACAUAUAUUAGAAAUGUGAAGAAGGGAAUGAAGGAAUGAAUGAAUGGGGUGGUGGUGGUGGUGGAGUGGGAUGAGAGAGUUAAGGCCGUUGAUUCACUUACUAUUGCCGUUCUUCAUCCAUGGCGUCGCCGAAGAAAUGCCGAUUUCUGUUCUCGUUGAUUUCACCACUUCUGCUUUGUGUCCUCCUCACUCUUCCUCUUGCUCCACAUCUCUCUUCAUCGUCGCUCUUCAACAAACAGUGGUGGGAAUUUUCAAGAUGGUGGUGCUACCGCUACUGGGUCAGCUUGCUGACGAGUAUGGCCGCAAACCCUUGCUCCUCCUUACCUUUUCUGCCUCCAUCUUCCCUUUUGCUGUAAUAUCGUGGAAACAGACAGAGGAACAUGUGUAUGCCUACUAUGUGCUACGCACCGUUUCCUCCAUUAUCAGUCAAGGCAGCACUUACUGCCUCAUGUUUGCUUAUGUGGCAGAUAUUGUAGAAGAGAACAAAAGAGCAGCAGUGUUUGGGUGUAUCACUGGUCUUCACUCUGCUUCACAGUUCAUAGGUGAUGCCUUGGCUCGCUUCCUUCCUGCGCACUACAUUUUUGGGGUGUCGACGACGCUGUUGAUAUUUUGCUCAGCUUACAUGCUCGUGUUCCUUUCUGAAACUCUGAAGUUAGCUCCAACCAAGGAUCAGCACUCGCAUCGCUUCCCUAAGCUCACUCAUAUUCUCCAUCAACGAUUCACUUCUAUGACCAAUGCUGCUCGACUUGUCAUUUCCAGUCCGACAUUGCGAGGCAUAGCUCUUGUCUCUUUCUUCUAUGAGUUGGGAAUGUCUGGCACAGUCACCAUCUUGCUCUACUAUCUGAAAGCAGUUUUCGGCUUUGACAAGAAUCAGUUUUCAGAAAUUCAAAUGUUGGUGGGGAUUGGUUCAAUCUUUUCCCAGAUGGUGUUGGCUCCACUGAUUAAUCCAAUGGUUGGAGAGAAAGUGAUACUCUGCUUUGCAUUGCUUGCAUCCAUAGCAUAUGCAUUGCUCUAUGGACUGGCAUGGGCUCCUUGGGUGGCGUACUUGAGUGCAUCUCUUGGUGUCUUCUAUGUCCUGGUGAAACCUUUUACUUAUGCUAUUAUUUCAAAAGCAUCAAGCUCAGCUAAUCAGGGAAAAUCACAAGGCUUCAUUGCUGGGGUCCAAUCUAUUGCUCAUUUGUUAUCUCCUAUGAUCAUGAGUUCAUUGACGUCGUGGUUUUUAUCUAGCAGUGCUCCUUUUCAAUGCAAAGGCUUUAGCUUAAUAUGUGCUUCCAUUAUCAUGAUGAUUUCUCUCUGUUUUGCUUGCUUAUUGGAGCCUCGAUCUCAUUCAAUUGAUGAUGUCGAAGUCGAUCUUGAAACUCCUUUACUUAAUUAAUGACAAUUAAUUUAAUUAAAAAAUUGAGGGUUUGUUAUUAUAUUAUUCGUGAACCCCUCUUCCUCUUUUAUCUUAGAACCAUAACAAACUUGUUUAAUUGGCCUAUGUAAAUGCCCGCGAUAAUUUUUUGUUUGGGUAUGAUUUGAAAAGAAAUCUGUGUAUGGUUUGCAAUUAAAAAAAUGCACAAAUUAAUGAGGUUCUUGAGUUAAACAAAUUAAUGUUCAUUUAUUAUUAUUCAAGAAGAAUUUAUAGAGAAA